AAAAUGCAAAGAAGAAUUCAUUUGACCAUUAAAACUGCAUUUGCUGAAGCUGACAAAAUUUGUUCCAAGCCGGCAAUAGGAAAGGAUGCAAGACGCUGUGCGCGUGAAGGCUCAAAUUGUAUUGUAAAAUAAUUCUGAAAUUUCAUAAAAUAUUAACGUUUGCUUUAACUUCGAAACUGACCUAUAUACAAUGGACUUCGAUGCAGUUUUAGAAAAAUGUGGGAAUUUCGGUCGCUAUCAAUUCGUACUGUUGCUUUUGUAUGGUUGCACAAAUAUUCUGUCGUCGAUGCACUACUUUGCGCAAACCAUCAUUAGCUUUACUCCAGAGCAUUGGUGCUAUCACGAAAAACUGGCAAACACCACCAUUUCUUAUAUACGAAGCAUUUACGCACAGACCUCGGAUUCUCAAUGCACGCUGCUGGAAGAUAUUGUUGACGAUCGGCCCGUCAUAUCGGAGCUGGGAAAAUGCACAAAAUGGAUAUAUGACUAUGAUCGGAACUACCGCAGCAUAACCACUGAUCUGAAAUGGGUUUGCGAAGAUGCCUUCCAAGUUGCUGUUGGUCAAUCACUUUUCUUCUUGGGCUCAAUCGUUGGCACAAUCUUCUUCGGUUUUUUGGCUGAUAAAAUUGGACGCUUGCCUGCGUUGAUUUGCACAACACUGGCCGGCGCCUUUGGUGAUUUUUUGACAUCCUUCGUAAGCUCUUUGCCGGCCUUUGCACUCUUCCGUUUUGUUUCGGGCUUAUCGAAUGAUACGAUCUUCUAUCUAAUGUAUAUAAUGGUUUUUGAAUACUUAAGUCCGAAGAAGCGCACAUUCGGUCUCAAUAUUGUAACCGCCUUUUUCUACUGUUUCGGCUUGAUAAUGUCACCUUGGUAUGCCAUUUGGGUUGGCUCGUGGCGCUAUUACCUCUAUAUCGCCUCACUGCCUGCUUUAGUGGUGCUCCUCUAUCCGGUUUUCAUUUGUGAAAGUGCCCAGUGGUUAAUAGCGACUGAGCGUUAUGAUCGUGCCGUGAAUUGUUUGAAACGUGUUGCCAAAUUCAAUGGGCGUAAGGUUGACGAGGAGGUAUUUACACAAUUUCGUGCAUAUUAUGAGGAAAAAAUGGCGGCGGACAAGAAAUUUAAAACAAAUCAGGACACAUUUUGGAACAUGUUUCGUACGCCGAGAUUGCGAAAAUUCACCAUUAUUUUAUUGAUAAAGUCCAUGAUAAUCACCAUCUCGUUUGACGUGGUCAGUCGCAAUAUGGAAGGUUUGGGCUCAUCACCGUUCACACUGUUCUCAUUGACCUCCAUCGCUUACAUCCCAGGUGGUCUGACAAUAAUCUUACUGCAAAAUCGCAUAGGUCGCAAGGGCAUGGCUUUCGGUUCGCUCUUCGUUAGUGCCAUUAUAGUAACAGUUACUGGCUUCCUGAUCGCUUUUCUGGAUCGUGACCAACAUGCUACGCUGCUGGCAAUUAUGGUUGGUCUGGGUCGCUAUGGUGUGAUUGUGAGUUAUGAUGCGGAAGCACAAUAUGCUGCUGAAUUCAUACCGACCACUGUACGUGGACGAGGUCUGGCUAAUAUCCAUGUGAUUGGCUAUGGUUUUGCGAUGCUCAGUUCGUAUGUCAUAUACUUGGGUCGCUACUUCAAGCCGUUACCGUCGAUUGUUAUCGCUGUGGUAAUGAUGUGUGGCGCGCUGCUGUGUCUAGCUUUGCCGGAGACCUUAAAUCAAAAACUACCCGAGACUUUGAAAGAUGGUGAGGAGUUUGCGAGACAUCAACGCUGGUACUAUUUUCCAUGUUUCGACCGACUGCAAAAGAAUCAAGUUUCUGAUAUCGAAAAUACGAAUACUCAGUAGUUAAUUGAUAUUAUUUUUAAUUAAAUAAAAGCUUAAAUUUUGUUAAAAAAAUUA